UGUGUGUCGGAGCAUCCAUGUGAGUCAGAGUGCUGGUCAUGUCCACAGCCUCAUGCAGCUAGCUGAGAGACGGGCACAGACAGAGGGGCAGAGCCACGCGACACAGGAUGGUCAGGUGUUGGGAACGUUCACAAACCGCUUUGGAGGACUCGUCAUGCACGGAUGGACCGCCAACAAUGUCACCCCAGUUCCCCCACAAAGCAUUCUGGGCCAUCGUGUCGGCCACUCUACUGCUGGUGCUCAUAACCCUGAGUCUGACGGGACACUUAGGGCUGUCACAGCAGCACACACAGUCUCUCCAGGUCGUCAGGAUCACAGCACCAGACCUGACUGGUUCUCUGGUCAACCAAUCAGCUCUGGUGGACCGACAAAACGACCUGGUGACGAUCUCUGUGAGCUCACAGAACAACCACACCUCCACCGUGCUCUUUGACAUCAAACACGGUGUGGUUUGCUACAAGCCUGAUAACCAGGAGACAUGCUUCCUCCGCAACAUGGAGAAGUCAGAUUAUGAAAACAUGAAUUCUCUCCUCCUGGACUCGACGAAGAAGGAGAGUCACCUGCUGUUGUCGGGGAACCAGACCCAGAGAGAGACCGAGUUCCUGGGGGUGCUGGGGGGCCGGCAGGUGGACCCAUCCUCCCUGGAGCAGCCCUUCCAGGCCCUAUGUCAGAACAGCGCCAUCCACUGGACCCGUAGAGCUGAUGGCCCAGCAAAACAGAGACUGGUUUACUUCUGCAUUGACAUCUGUUUCCCUAGCAACAUCUGUGUCUCUGUGUGUUUCUACUACCUGCCAGAAUGACCCCCCCCCCCCCCAUGCUCCUCUCCUCACCAGGAGCAACAUUCCAUACCAGUUGAUAUCAGGGAACAAUAACCUCCCUCUCAUCCCUGCUAAGCCCAAGUGCCAGCUUUCCAAAAAAACUCUCAGAAGAGCGAGAACCAGUCUGCCUGCACUUUCCUACUGCCUGCCACAUAACCAGCCUGCCAGCACAUCUUCCUCAGUCUUGCCUUCCUGCCUGUCAUAUAACCAGCGAGCCAGCCCCCUCUCCUACCCUACUGCCUGUCAUAUAACCAGCCAGCCAGCCCCCUCUCCUUCCAUACUGCCUGUCAAAUAACCAUCCAGCCAGCCCCCUCUCCUACCAUACUGCCUGUCAAAUAACCAGCCAGCCAGCCCCCUCUCAUAACCUACUACCUGUCAUAUAACCAGCCAGCCGGCCCCCUCUCAUAACCUACUACCUGUCAAAUAACCAGCCACCCAGCCCCUGUCCUACCCUACUGCCUGUCAUAUAGCCAGCCAGCCCCCUCUCAUAACCUACUACCUGUCAAAUAGCCAGCCACCCAGCCCCCUCUCCUACCCUACUGCCUGUCAUAUAACCAGCCAGCCAGCCCCCUCUCCUUCCA